GUUCGUGUGGAGGGCGUGGCCACUGAGAGGGAUCGUAGUGUCAGGAAGAGAGGCACAAUCUGCUCCACAUCUGGGACCAGUGAUCUUCUGAGGUCCGCUCCCUGACGGAGACACUGAGGAGAAGGAGGAGAAACAAGACGAGGCUGCUGUUCUCUUCCUCCGGGAGAGAUCAACAGGGCGGCAGCAGCAGCGGCAGCAGCUCUCUGAGGAUGUGUGCGUGUUUUUCUUCUCUCUGCUCCUCCCGCGGCGUUGAUGGGCUAGAAGAACAACAGGCGGACUGAGCCUCCUCUCCUCUUCUCGUGAAGGAUUGCACAGGUUCCAAACAUUCAGCGGCGACACGAACGGAGUUGUGUGAACGCGUCGUUGUUCUUCCUGGAUACACAAGCUGCUGCUGUGUCUGAGACGUUCAGGCACCGUCAGGAAAGCAGAGAGACAGAGAGACGCAGUUUGUGUGUGUGGAGACGAGAUAGAAAUAAUGGCGGGCAUUUUAGAUUUAGCAUGCUUUAGUAAGACCUUACAUUAUCACAGCAUGUAAUCAAAUAACACAACAUUCAGGUGAGUUGUUGAACUGGAGGUCUACAUGGCUAUUUUUUCUAUUUAAAAAACUUUAGCAUAGCAUUAGGCUACACAUGAAAUUGAUGCUAUUCCUUACUAGCUUAGUGUCGCUAAAGGUUGAACUAAAUUCUGCAUUUCACAUUGUAUCAGACUAAUAACUGCUGAAGGUGAUUCAUUUAGUUUCAAAGUGUAUGUUUAUGGAAUUAUAAAUCUAUUUCCACCAAGAGACUUGAGAUGCAAAACAAACAUCAAUCUAAUCCACCCUAUUAUUGUUGUAAGCUCCAUAUAUGACAUUGAAUUAAUGUGAAACAGUUGCUGAAUCAGAACACAUGUAUUUUGUAUGAAAAGCUCCUGGGGCCAGUGACCUGUGAUAUUCUCAGAGCUUUAGUAAAAAAAGUGCCACAGGGAAAUAAUGUGGCACAGACAAAAUGAACAGCCAGCAGCUGAUACAACAUCAAAUGCAACAAUAGUGUAGAACAUUGGUACAUAUCAUUCCAAAAAGUGCCAGACAUUACACUGUAUACUUUGAUCUCAGACACUUUUAUUCUAAUCCUACAUUUAAACUAAUGUCACACAAUGACAGAUAGUUCAAACUAACCUAAUAGGUCCCUCUUUGACUAUUACCACAGACUUGCUCGUGUUUUCUGUUGAUGAGUAUGGAGAAAAAUUAAAACUGCAAAUGGAUGAGGAGGAGUCACCUACCAGCAGCUAUGUGUGAAUCCAGGAAACCAAAACUGACAGACAAUAUUCGGACUGGACGCAUGUGAGAUCGGGGAUGAGUUUUGUUGUGUUGUUUUUGCACAUUAUCGAUGGAGUCGACUGUUAGCACGGCCCUGUGGGGCAGCAACUACACCGCUGAAGACUCCCGGCCAAGCUUCACCGACCAGCUGGUGACUCCCUCACCUGUUGUGCCGAGGGUUGUUUCCAUAGUGACCAGCCUAGUAACCGCCACCGCAGAGGCCACAGUGGGAACCAUAGGAAACCUAUCAGCCUUCAGAGACGAAAGAGGGAACAAGCUCAGUCAAACCCACCAGGCAUCGACCCCGGCACUGCUGAGUACCGCAGAGGGCAACUCUGUCCUUCAGGGCAUCACAGUGGCAGCUCAGGCCCUGGUGCUCCUCUCCAUCUUCCUUCUCUCUUGCCUCGGUAACUCUGCAGUCGUCAUCGUUAUCAUCAAACACAGGCAACUUCGAACGGUGACCAACGCCUUCAUCAUGUCGCUGUCACUGUCCGACUUCCUCACAGCUGUUCUAUGUCUGCCGUUCUCCUUCGUCAUGCUCUUCAGUAAGGACGGCAUCUGGAUGUUCGGGGAUCAUUUCUGUGUGGCCAAUGGCUUUUUCAAUACCUGCUUUGGUAUCAUUUCCACCCUGACUAUGACUCUGAUCUCCUUUGACAGGUACUAUGCCAUAGUUAGACAGCCACAGGCUAAAAUAGGGCGCCAGAAAGCAACUCAGUUGUUGAUAGCUGUGUGGGUGACUGCUGUCAUUUUCUCUUUACCUUGGUACCUACUAGUUCGGACACCUAUAGAAAUCCAUAAGAGAGGGUUCUACCAUUGUAUGUAUGUGUUCCACUCUGGGACUUCACGCAUGGGGACGUCUUACAGCAUCUGUCUGAUUGUUAUUUGUUAUUUACUACCCUUCUCCCUCAUGUGUUUUUGUCACUAUAACAUCUGUAAGACAGUGCGGCUCUCAGAGAUCCGAGUCAGGCCAGUGACCACAUACGCUUACUUAUUGCGAUUUUACAGUGAAAUGAGAACAGCCACCACAGUUCUCAUUAUGAUUGUUUUCAUCAUUUUUUGUUGGGGGCCAUAUUGUUUAAUGGGGUUGGUUACAGCAAUGGGAGACUACAAAUUCAACCCUGCAAUGGACACAGUGGCCAUCUGGUUCGCCUGGGCAAAUGGAGCUAUCAAUCCUUUGAUCUACGCCCUGAGGAACCCCAAUAUAUCCAUGUUACUUGGACGGAGCAGAGAGGAGGGUUAUCGGACCAGAAAUAUUGCUACGUACCUUUCCAGCCAAACCCAGAACCGUGAGAGUCGGCUUAAUCAAGCGGAGAGGAUUAGGGACCGCUACGUAAGUCGCGUGGGGGUGAAUCAUAACAGCCGGAUCUCCAGUUCAAGUCCUGGAAAAGGAGGAGAGGUGGCAAUGUGGGCCUGUAAAAACCCCGCUGUGUUCUUCUGCAGGGACGGCCAGCCUGACACUGCAAGUCUACCCAACUCUGUCAGCACUCGUAAGAUGAAGACAGCUGACACCAGCCUGUGAAAUUCUGGAAUAAUUCUCAAACAUCUUAUAAUGGUUUUUAUCGUAUCUGUAUGUAUUUAUUAUUAUUAUGGAUACAGAGACUGCUGUCACCAUUAUCGAAAAUACCUGAUUUCUGUCUCGUCAGAUCACAGAAUCUCAAAAGUGUUAAUACCACUAGUGUUCCAAGAAUCAACAGGAUCAUGAGUAUAGUACUAUUCAUUUGCAGAACUAUUCACACAAUGGGAAGACAAACAUUUUGAGUUAUGAAUUUAUUUCAAGCAGCUGCUGUCUGGGAUCCCGUCAAUGAUUUAGUGCAGAGCAUCCCUGUUGAGAACCAUGAUAUGUGUUGAUACUUGCGCUGCAAAGAUUGUCAUGUCAGAUAUGUUGAUGAAGCAGAAUUGGAAAACUGAUAAAGGGUAUAUAGUAUUUUUUAAUCCUAAACCUUCCAUGCUUGAAAUGUAUUUGUACUUUAGCCUACAUGUCUUUUUCACACCAACAAAAUGACAUCAUUAGCCAUUUGUUUGAAUGCGUAAAAGAACCUAAAGAUACACUUCCCAAACAAUCAACCCCUUAAUCUCUUAAUUUUAACUAGCACCAGGAAUUGGUCAGUGAAGUUCAUCCACACAUCCUCGCAGAAGAGGUGAUUUUAAACGACUGUAGCUGGCAAGCUAACCGCUAAAACACUAAGCAGGGAACAUCAUUUCUGCUAGCUAGCUUAUACAAUACACACAUUUGUACCAUUGACUCGUGCCAUAGCUGUCAGCAGUUUAUGUCUGGUAGAGCAUGGUUAUAAGUGGAUGGCGCAACACAGCUAUUAUCCUUUUCUACAGAGGUCACAGCUAAGAAGAUGGUUUGCUAGUGGAUCCCAACAAGUGAGUUGCUAAGUUAACUGGGACUUUGUCCUAGUGGGCCAGUGGACUGAUGAGACCACGUGAGACCUUGACGCGUGUGUGUCCCAGGACCGGGCUCACUGGAUGUUCAACCAACAGUACCUGUAGUAUCAUGCUGCAGGGAUUGUUUCAUAUGUCAUCACUGGUAAAGAUUACAUAUGCCCCUCCGAGCAAAAACAGCAUGAAGUUAUGAUGCUGCUUGUCAUGGUUGUCAGUUUGGUCUUGAAUUCAAAAUUUAGUUGUUUUCUCUCUUGUUCAGCUCAGUAGUUCUAUAGAAGCUUUGUGAAACUAAAAUGGCUCAGUAGAGUGCAUACAUCUGCCAAGGCCCAACAGAUGCCUUAUAAAACACAUUUAAUUUCACUACAUCUGGAUUUUUCAAAAAUCUCCUAAAAAUACCUAUUUUUAAAUCGAGAUUCAUGGAUUAUUCUCUAAACCCUUUCUUGCAAUGUUAUAGAAACUGAAAGAAAAUGUCCCAUCCAUCCCCCAAGUUUCAUAGUUCAGUUGUUUUUGUUUAAUCUUGCUUAUAACAAGCCAAACAAAUGGAAAUGGGUGAAAACAUAACUUCCUUCGAGUUAAUAAUUUGAAUGCCUUUAUCUGCAGCAGAGUUAGCUCUCAUUAUCCCAUCAUUUGUUUUAUGGAUAUGUGAUUAUCUUUCAGUUUGAACCAGUGUUACAGCUGAGGUGAAAAGGCUGAUAUGGUGUUUAUAUAAUGUAUAUUUUUGCUGUAAGCAUGAAAUAUCCUAAACAAAAUGGGUUGAAUCACACAAAGAAAAAAACUUUUUUUACAAACUGGACGUUUUGGCCUGUCAGAGCAGGAGACGCACGGGUCGCAGAGUUGCAAAAAAAAGUUGCAAUUAAUAUUAUAAAAGCAAUUCUCCACUGUGCUGAAUCAGCUCUGGAGAACAGUCCUGUUGCAGCCACUAUCUUUCUUUCAUACGGGAAAAUGUGCACUGGCUUGUUUGUAUUUCUUUAAACCAAUCACAAGACCGACCAAGUACUGUCACGGGGAACCUUUUUUGAUGGGGUAUUUGUACGUGUGGAGGUGAUCAAUGCCUUAAAAUGGGUAAUGGGCCUGGCUAAUGGCUAAUAAAAGAACCAACACCACAAAAACAGUAAAAGACGCACAUCAACUGUGCAAUUCAUCUUUUACACUAUGUUCAGCAUGUAGGUUGGUAGUUCAGAGGCUGUUGAUGUUGUUGUCAGGGUUGGAAGUAUCUCUCAGAGGCUACCAAAGGAAGAUACAUUUCUCUGUCCUAAUAAGAAGUGUUAGUGUGACCUCAGCAGUGUAAAAAAAAAAAAGGAUUACUAUUCAGACAAUAUGUUGUUGUAUUCAACCAAGCUCUGAGAGUGUUCACUUUUUAGUGCUGUUUCGCCAAAGCUGCAGCAGCGAAGAGGAUUCAGGUGCCAAACAGGAAAGGGAUAUAUGACAUAUGUAUAUGUGUAAAUGCAUUUUCAUAUCAUCUUUUCUCAAAAAUAAAAUGUUAAAUUUUUCAUCUUCAAA